UAGCGCGCGUGUGUCUGUUUUCUUAGGUAGCCUGUUAAAAUGCCCGAUCUCAUUAUUCGCCUUUUUCCAAGAUGGCGUCGAUGAGGGAGAGCGACACCGGCCUGUGGCUCCACAACAAACUCGGAUCGACGGACGAGCUGUGGACUCCUUCGAGCAUCGCUUCCCUUCUCACCGUGUCGGUCAUCGAUAAUAUUCGGCUGUGUUUUUCCAGUCUUUCGCCACCGGUGAAGCUGAAACUCUUGCUGGGGAUGCUGCACCUCCCGCGCAGGACCGUGGAUGAGAUGAAGGAGGCUCUGUCAGAGAUCAUUCAGUUGGCCACAGUGGACUCUGAGCCCUGGGUGUUAAUGGUGGCUGACAUCCUGAAAUCAUUCCCAGAGACCGGCUCACUAAACCUGGACCUGGAGGAGCAGAACCCUAAUGUACAGGACAUCCUUGGAGAACUGCGUGAGAAAGUAAAUGAAUGUGAAGCGUCAACCAUGUUGCCUCUGGAGUGUCAGUAUCUGAACAAGAGUGCUUUGACCACGCUGGUGGGGCCGCUCACUCCACCCAUCAAACACUUCCAGCUCAAGAGGAAACCCAAGAGCGCCACACUCCGAGCCGAGCUGCUGCAAAAAUCCACAGAGACCGCCCAACAGUUAAAGAAAACCGCAGGAGUGCCCUUCCACUCCAAAGGAAGAGGACUAGUGAAGAAGAUCGACACCACAACGCCGCUGAAGGGAAUUCCCAAAGCACCAUUCCGCAGCCCCACCACCCCAAGCAUGUUCAGCCCUCCCAGUAACAGAACCCCCAUCGCCCCUGCCCGCACACCCCUACGUAAGGAGAGAGGUGUCAAGUUGUUGGAUAUAUCAGAGUUGGAUAUGGUAGGAGCUGGUAGAGAAGCUAAGAGGAGAAGAAAGACUCUGGACACAGAAGCUGGAGAAAAGGCAGCCAAAGAAGAGGCGGUGGUGGAAAACGCCACACCAGACUACGCAGCUGGCCUGGUUUCCACACAGAAACUUGGGGCGCUAAACAAUGAGAGUGCCCUGCCAUCAACCAGUUACCUUCCCGCCACUCCCAGCAUGGUUCCUUCAUCGUCUUAUAUUCCCAGCUCAGAGACGCAGCCAGCGAACGCAGGUGGUUCAGGACGUGAAACUACAAACCGACAGUCGGAGGAGUCGGCUGCCCCAAGUGCCGCUGCCGCUUCACUACCUGGCCAGUUCAAACAGCGGCCGCCUAUGUAUAAUGCCAGCACUGCCAGUCCCACCGCGCCCACUUCACCCACCACGCCAACCAGCACGCCCACAAACAAUGGCCCGCCCCCUGCCGCCACAGCAGCACAGCCGGACAUGCCCACACAGCCGCCCACCACUGCAGCUCAGCCUGCACCCACGCCAGCACCCCCACAGACACAACCCAAAAAGAACCUCUCGCUCACGAGGGAACAGAUGUAUGCUGCACAAGAAAUGUUCAAGACUGCAAACAAAGUCACACGGCCCGAAAAAGCCCUCAUUCUGGGCUUCAUGGCUGGAUCACGAGAAAACCCCUGUCCAGAGCAGGGUGACAUCAUUCAGAUCAAGCUGAGCGAGCACACAGAAGUUCUGCCUAAAGCGGACGGGACCGGCAGCACGACCAUGCUGGUGGACACAGUGUUUGAGAUGAACUACUCUACUGGGCAAUGGACCCGCCUCAAGAAAUACAAACCCAUUACCAACGUCUCCUGAGGAAGUCUGGGUUAACCAGUACACAUACACACACACUCGCUCAGCGCAAUUACAUGGAUGCAUAUGUAUGCAUUCACACCCCUCUUCAACAUCACCUGAGGAAGUGCUGAUAAACACAAUCAUGUACAUGCGCUGGAAUGUACAUAUUUAUGGGCCAAAUUCUGAGGUAUUGGGAAUAUGCGCUAGUGAAUCUCUGGAUGUUGGGUUUCAGACAGUUGGGAAAAAAGACUUCCUGUUUGGUUGACCUCAUGUCCUAUCUCUGUUCCUGCGUUGCCAAAGACAGGGACCCUCUUGUAAGACAGAUGUUUUCUUUAUCUUUUUGUUAAUGUUUGUAUCGUUUCUUCUUUUUAGGCCCAUUUCAGAUUUCAUGAGGUGGGGCUUGUUAGUUUGUCUUAACCUACUAUUGAUUGACACGUUAUUAAGAGAUCUUAAAAGGGUACAAACAUGCUAUUACGGUGUCCCACGAAUGAAACGAGAAUCUGUUCCUGUGUUUUCAAAAUCAGAAUGUUUAAAAAUGUUUUCAAGUUCCUCCUCAGAAGGGAAGAAAAAAAAAAUGAAAACAAUAAACAGUGUAAAACAAAGUU